UGUAUUCACCAUCACUAGAGCUAAAAAGCAAAAUAUAUAAUUCAAAUUUAAGUGUAGCUUAGUUAAAAUGUAGUCUAGGCCACAGCAAAAUUUAUUACUGCAGAUAAUUAUAGUUAAGUGUUUGAUUGGCUGGUAAAAAAAUAAAUAAAUAGUGUAUUACGGGGGUAUUAUUUGAUGGUGGCUUGGACGAGGUGAGGAGCCCAUCACAACAACAGCUGUUCCAGACGUCAACUCAGGAGGCGUCUCUAUCACCAAGCAACAUGAAUGAACAAAACAUCCCAAUCGAUAUUCAUGUUGGCAAAUUAGUGGACUGGUUAAUUUCCCGUCGACAUGUGAAGCGUGAGUGGCCAGAGGACGUGCGGGUGAUCCGAGAGAAAAUCAACAAUGCUAUCCAGGAUAUGCCUGAACAUCCAGAGAUAACUCGUCUACUUUCCGGAACAUAUAUCAAUUACUUUCACUGUUUGAAGAUUGUUGAGAUAUUGAAAGAGACAGAAAAAGAUACCAAAAAUAUCUUGGGAUGGUAUGGCUCUCAACGCAUGAAGGACUGGCAGGAAGUGAUCCGAUUAUAUGAAAAAGAUAAUGUGUAUUUGGCUGAAGCUGCCCAGCUGCUGGUGCGAAAUGUGAACUUCGAAGUGCCAAGCAUCAAGCGACAGAUUUCUAAGGGAAUUCAAAUACAGCAGGAUUGUGAUCGCAAGCAAGAAGAAUGCAUUCGUGGCAUUGCUGAUUCAAAGAAAAAAUACCUGCAGAUGUGCAAGCAAAUUGGCAUUGCUGGUGAUAAGGUAAAACAUGAGCUGGUUGAUCUUCUGAAGACGCUUCCCGAGGAAUUUUCCACCAUUGCCGAAAGCAGCAAGAGCCUUGCCCCUGCCCGCCAGUUGUAUUCGGAUUUUCUGUCAUUUACUGUGAAGGAUACCCAAUCUGAAUGUUUACCAUUGCUUAAGUUUGUUAUGGAGCAUGGUAAUGUAACUACAUAUGAGUGGCUAUAUGGCGAAGCUCCCUGCAGCAUAGAGGAACCACGCCUGGAUAUUUCUUUGAACGAUGAAACAGACAAAACAGAGACUGAUCAAAUUGAUGACAUUACUACAGCAGAUAUUGUGGUUGAGGACUCUGGUGUUGCUGGGGGAGUGGCAAAGGACACGGAGGCCCUCACAGUCUUGUAUAAUCCCAAAACACGAAACCAGUUUAUCCCUGAUUUCCCACAGCUUGAAGGAUUUCUAGGACAGCGUCUCUCAGAGCUAGAAUGUGAGGGUUCUGUUUUCUCCUUCAAUCAGUUCACUAAUGCACCACCAUCAGUCCAAGAUCAUACAGCAGAUCAAGUGAGAGAAAUGCUAUCACAAGUCAAGUCCUUAGUGACCAAACUGUCAACAACAAAGCUGCAGCAUCUGUAUCUUAUUAGUUCGUCACCAAGAUAUGUGGAUCGGCUGGCAGAUUCUCUCAAAUCCAAACUUGCUAUUGGUGACAAACUAGCUGAAUCCCAACAGUCUGCUGUGCAACGAAAAGAAGACACUGCGGAGGAACAGCGCAUUCUUACGCCCAAGCUCGCAUUGAUCAUUGAGCGCACCAAGGAGCUCCAGUCCCACAUUCAGGAGCAUAUUUCCAAACGGUAUAAAAACCGGCCAGUGAACUUGAUGGGGGCUUAUCUUAGUAUGCAGUUGUGAUUAGUUGCAUUAAUGGGUACUAAAAAGUUUUAAUAAAAUAUUUUCAUCAUAUAUUUCUCAAACAAUUUGUUCAACCUUGAAAAGUACCAUUUUGCCAAUUUUUAUCAAAGUUGAAUAUAAAAUUUCAUUAUCCUAGCUAGUUUCAACUCAAAUGUGGUAUGUUUAUCUACAUAGACAUAUUUCACAGAUACAGAUAGCUAUAAAAUUGAUAGCUAAGUGUAAGAAAUCAGUUGAGAGUAAUGUGUAAAUUGAUGCCGGGAGCACGUGUGUGAACAAGGCCACACUCACCACUGUUAGCAGCAGAUAUAAUUAUUCAUGCCUCGGUUGUGACUCCUCACAUGUCAGUUUUGUUUAUGUAUCAUCGUGGAUUAAAGUCUAAUUAUACUCUUAAAAAAA